UACGUGACGGAAAAGCUCGCGAAUCCUUUGCUGGCGGGUAGUAUCCCCAUUUACCUGGGCAACUCGACUACUGCUUCGGAGCUAUUUAAUCCUGACAGCUACAUCGACUGUGGGCGCUUUGGCAAACUGGAAGAAUGCGCCGAGUUUGUCGUUCGCGUCCACAACUCCCCAGAGCUGUAUGCGAAAAUGCGGAAUGCACCUCCGAUACGAAAUAUGACGGCGUUCACUGAAGCCUUCUCGUGGCACCCUUCAGUUCCAAGCCGGGGUUUAGCGGAUAAAGUGGCUAACAUGCUCCAUCUGGAAAAGUAA